AACAUCUUCCCAUUUUUCAAAACUGAAUCUUUUUCGAAUUUGCCUUCAUUUUCCGCUACUCUGGCUAAUCCGUGGUGGGUCAGUCGGGUCGGCUUCCCGGCCACCGAUCCAGCAGAAACCGUCGUCAACGGCGGAGGAAGGGAUCAUGACGACGAAGAAGACAAGCAGAAAGAAGGCAUGGUGGUGGUUGGCAACCGCCCAUCGAGAGGGCGGCCACUGGGAUCCAAAAACAAACAGAAAUCCCCAAUUAUCGUCACGCGCGACAAUCCUCACGCUCUUAGCACGCACGUGAUCGAGAUCGCCGGAGGAGACGACGUCGCCGACAUCAUAAAUCAAUUUUCUCGCCGCCGGCAGUGUGGGGUUUGUGUUCUCAGCGGCAGGGGCAUGGUGGACGACGUCACUCUUCGGCAGUCGGCUGCUGUGAUUCCACUUCAUGGCCGGUUCGAGAUGCUGUCUUUGACCGGUUCUUUUCUUCCCGGUCGAGCCGCUCCCGGUUCGAGUGGGCUGACCGUAUACCUCGCUGGCGGGCAGGGGCAGGUGAUCGGAGGGACAGUCGUGGGCCCGCUGUUGGCGUCUGGGCCUGUAGUGUUGAUUGCCGCUUCUUUUGCUAAUGCAAUAUAUGAGAGAUUGCCUUCAGAAAACGAUCAUAAAGAAGAUGAGGUUUAUCCGGCCACCGCAGGUAGCGGAGAAGUGGAGGCGCCGCCGUCGCUGCCGUAUCCUCUGACGGUAGCUUCAAUUCAUGAGAUGAUGGUACCAAAUAAUCAUGGAGAACACCUUGGAAUUGGUGGGCAUCUUUGGGCACAUGGAGACAAUCUUGUUUAAAUUGAUCAUAACUAUUUUUAUUUCAUUUUCGUUGCUCGAGUCCAUCCUUCUAUUCAAAUGCAUUUUAAGAUAAUUUAUACGAUGUCACGGAAUGUAAAUUUGUUCUAAAUAAAAGGCUGAGUUCCUAUAAU